AUGUGCACCCCCGCGGCGGGGCGCGGCCGCGUGCGCCUCAACGUUGGCGGGCGAGUGUUCGAGACGACGACCGCCACGCUCGCCAGCGCGGGGCGGGACACCAUGCUCGGCGCCAUGCUGGACGCCUCCUGGAACGCCUCCCACGACGAUGCGGCCUGCGGCGGCGGCGGAAGCGCGGCGGCCGAGUACUUCAUCGACCGCGACCCGGCAUGCUUCGCGGUGCUGCUGGACCUGCUCCGCACGGGCGGACUCCACGUGCCCCGCGGCGUCCCCGAGGCGACGCUGUACCGCGAGGCGCUCUACUACGGCCUCCUGGACCGCGUCCGCGCCGCGCGCCUGGGCGACUUCGACGGCGACCGCCUCCGGCUGGCGGCGUCCGUGCCCGGGUGCGCGCCGGGGGACGGCACGGCCGUCCGCGCGGCGCCCGACGGCGGCUGCUGCGUGGCGCACGGCGGCGCCGUGCGCGUGUACAACUGGAUGCUCGAGGAGCGCCGCCCGGUGUACUACCCCGGCCACGCGCCCGUCAACGACGCGGCGUACCUGGACGCGGCCACGCUCCUCGUCGCCGCGCGGGAGCGGCCCGGCCGGCUCGGCGACGACGGCGGCGUGGCCGCCUUCUCCGCGCUCACGGGCGGCCUGCGCCACCGCUUCCGCGUCGCGCACGAUCGCCAGCCCAGGUCGUUCACCGCCGGCGCGCUGACCUUUGACGACGGAGGGUGCAGCUUCUUCGCGAGCUGCAAGGGCCGGUUCAACGAGUACGGCAUCGGCGUCUGGGACGCGAACACGGGCGAGCAGGCUGAUUUCUUCUACGAGCCGCCCGGCUGCGCGCUGGGCGACGCGGACAGGCUCCAGUGGCUCGACGGCACCGGCACGCUCAUGGUGGCCACCAUGUUCCCGCGGACCGACUCCUCCUUCAUCAGCCUGCUCGAUUUCAGGGACAAGAGCGUCGUCUGGUCGUGGUCCGACGUCGGCACGCCGGCGUCGCUCGAGGACAAGCACGCCGUCCAUGCCGUCGUGAUGGAGGACGGGAGGUCGGUGUGCGUCAUCAACCAGUACGAUGACCUCGGGUUCCUCGACCUCCGGAGCAGCGCCGGCGGCGUGCGAUGGCGGUCGCGGAGCAAGCUGGCGACGAGCGGGAAGACGAAGGCGCUCGUCAGCGAGGAGGUUUGCUAUCCGAAGCUCGCGACGUACGGCGGUCAGCUGUUCGCGUCGACGGGUGACACCGUCUCGGUGUUCAGCGGACCGGACCACGUGCUGACGUCAACGUUGCGCGGCGGCCAAGGCGGCGCCAUCUGCGACUUCUCCAUCGGUGGCGACCGCCUCUUCGCCCUGCACAGCGAGGAGAAUGUGUUCGACGUCUGGGAGACGCCGCCGCCGGCGAUCAUCUGA